AUGGGUCCCCGUGUUGCCGGUUUCCUUGUGGGAUCUGUGGCUGCCGUGUCUUUUUCAGCUAUGCUGUUGCAGUACGACAUUCUCCGAAAAAAGGACAUAACGGACCGUGAAAUCAGUCUCUUGGAGGCACAAGCAGCGCUCAUCAAGGGGCGCUUCUAUCGUGUUCAGGAGGCGCUUAUGGUGUCAUGGGCAGAGAAGUGA